AUGUGGAACCCUUACUACGACCAUUCUUUCCAAUCUGGCGGCCCUUCUUUCCCUGGUCCAUCGCAUAGGCCAAAUCGGUCUACACCUCCCCCGACACCAUGGCAUGGCAUGCAAAGCGCGGGCUUAAACCUUCCGAACGGCAGGGAAUAUCGUACUGGAUCUCCCGGUUACGGCCCUGCUUAUGGCCCAUCGUUUCGACCCACCCCUCCCUUCGAUCGAUCGGCUUACCCCGACGAGUUGGCGCGAUACGGCCCGCAACCUAAUGCCUAUCCGCCUUCGAAUGGACACGCUUUCGCAAGCCCUUGGUCUUCAGCUGGCGGUCCCUUCGUCAGUGCUCAGCCCCCGACGCCUGGCAGUCACGCGCUAAGCAGAGCAUCGCAUGCCGGCUAUGCCGGGGGUUCUGACGAGGGCUAUGGUCGUGGAUCACCCGCUAGAUCGCCUUGGUUCCCGGGCCCGCACACCUCGCCUUGGUCCCCGCCUACCUCGCCUUGGUCCCCGCCUACCUCGCCUUGGUCCCCAACCACCUCGGCAUCCCAUCGUCUCGAGCAUCAUUCACAGGACGUCGUGCGGCCGCACCCACCGCAGCGCAUACGAUCGCUCUCGCCGUGGCGGGGAAAGAAACGAAAGGCGCUACUCAUCGGCAUCAACUACUCCGGCCAGGAAGGGCAGCUGUUGGGUUGUGUUAACGAUGCGUGGCACAUGUACCAUUUCCUCGUCGAAGACUGUGGCUUCCGGAAAGACGACAUCGUCGUGCUCACCGACGAACACUGGCGCGAUCCGAGCCGCAUGCCGACACGAAGCAACAUGAUCCACUUCAUGAAGUGGCUCGUUCGCGACGCUCAACCAGACGACUCGCUGUUCUUCCUGUUCGCUGGUCAUGGUGACAGGAGGAAGGAUCUGGAUGGCGACGAGGCCGACGGUUUGGACGAGGCUAUAUGCCCUGUUGACCAUCUUUCGUAUGGUCCCAUCAUCGACGAUGACUUGCAUCGCAUCAUGGUGAAGCCACUCCCAACAGGAUGCCGACUCACCUCCGUCUUCGACUGUUGCUACUCUGGGUCAGCGCUCGACUUGCCAUAUGUGUAUUCAAUGGACGAUGACUGCGGUCGUGGUCUAUCGCGGUACUUGCGGGGCGAGAAGAUGAGUGUAUCCUCCGUCAUGAGCGGGUUAAUCCGUGGUGCCACGCUCCUCGAGUGGCGCGCCAAUCGACGGGCAAGACGCCUGAAAGCCAGUCCCGCGGACGUGUUCUCAUGGGCUGCGUGCAUGGACAGUCAAACGGCGGCGGAGCCAAAAGGAACGACCAACCCAACCGGCGUGAUGUGUAGCGCAUUCAUCGACGCGCUUCGCCAUGAUAGGCAUCACACCUACCAAUCCUUGAUCGUCGCCAUUCGCUCCAGUCUUUUCAAUGCGAACUAUCCGCAGAAGCCGAUGCUGAGCAGUUCUCAUCCAAUGGAUCUGGCCCUUCCCUUCACUAUCUGA